AUGUCCCUUUUUGAUCCCGAGAAACCUCCCGCUUUCAAUGGACUGCAAUCGUCACCCCGCCGUUCAUUCGAAACUGGUCACCAGGGUCGCACCGCAGGAGCAGCAGCAGCAGUACCAAGACAUAGUAAUAAUAAGAAUGAUUUCAAUAUUCACAACCACCAGCAACAGUACGGUCGAACAACCGACUUGGUUCCUGACCGGAUAUCCGCCCUGUACCGGCGGUACCGUGAAAACAACGCCUGCAGCCAGUCGUCAAGCUCACACAAUAGCUCAUUGACAUCGUCGUCGUCUUCACGAUCCGACAUAAUCGAAAUGUUAUUUACGAGAAUAGUGGACGCUUUGAUUUUUACGUCAGCCAUCGCUAUCACGGCCUACAACUAUUGGAUAGGUGCUCUCGAUAAUAGCGCUCCACAAGCAUCACUGACAGCAUCAAGUCACUAUCAUCAACAGACACAGCAGCAACCCGUGCUGGAUAUCAGACAGUGGAGACAGACACAUGCCCCUAAACUCAACCAUGACGCUGUUGUGAAACAGCAUGACUUUUUAGAAGACUCGAAACGCCAACGGACGCAACGAUGGGCAGAAACCCUGGCAGUAUCACAACAGCAUCAGCAACAACAAAGUAACCAUCAUCAGCAGCACCAUCGUCAACAUUCUCGUAGCAGCAGUCGCUCUGCCCAAAAGACGAAAAUGGUCCAAUUUCCUAAUAAUGACACUAUUGAAAACGACAACACCGAGGUUUCUGUUCCCACCAAGUCCGCCACCGACCCAACGCAAGCACAGGCACAAGCACAGACGGCAUCGAAUAAGAAAAGACGUACGCAGUCGCUCCCACCUCCCAAAACGAAUCCUGGUGCGCAGGCCGCCCAAGAGAAGCAAGACGAGAUGUUUGCCCGCAUGGAAGAACGUCUGCAGUCUCUGAUUGAAGAGGGACAGGCGGCGCUGACCAGCAAGGUCGAGUUAUACGAGUUAGACGAGAAAGAAAUUGCUAUGCGCAGGGCUUUUGCCGCAAGAAAAAAGCACAGCGUCUAA